CAUCAGAAGCUCACCCGACCCCAUUCAUCGAGUGUUUCAUUGCACCUCCAAGGACCUUCCUAGCACUCCAUCGACUUCAUCUGGACACGUACACAACUCCUCAUCCCUACAAGGCGUACGGCAGAGCCAGACAUCACUCAUCCCGUCCCCGCAAGGUCUGCCGCAUCUGCUUCCCGAGGUCCGUUUGCGUAUCUUGCCUUCUCGCAGCAACCCCAAGUCCCCAGCAUGGCUCCCACACCUUCUUCCUCCUCGGCCUCUACAGGCAGCGGCCCAAAUGCACUCGAUUCGGCCCUCACCUCUAUUCGUACCUCUCUCGCUCUCCCCACCACUUCUCUCAAUCUCCUAGUGCAACGCUUCGUCACCCUCAUGGACCAAGGCUUGGCAGAAAAGGGCGCAGAUAUGGCCAUGAUCCCUGCCUUUGUCACGGGUGUGCCCGAUGGGACAGAGACGGGGACUUACCUCGCUUUGGAUCUUGGGGGAACAAAUCUGAGAGUGUGUGAGGUGAAGCUAAAGGGAGAUGGGACCUUUGAUAUCACCCAGGAGAAGUACAAGGUCUCCGAUGCACUAAAGCAAGGUCCCGUAAGCGAUCUGAUGGAAUACAUUGCCCAGUCCGUCGACGUCUUCCUCACAGACUACGGCUCUUCCUCAGACCAAGAUGUCCUCAACAUGGGCUUCACCUUUUCCUUUCCCGUAGAGCAAACGGCCAUCGCAAAAGGCACCUUGAUCAAAUGGACAAAGGGUUUCAACUGCCCCGACGCACCUGGAAAGGAUGUAGUGCAAUUGCUGCAGACGGCUUUGGAUAGGAAGCAUAUCAAGGUCAAGGUGAAUGCCCUAGUCAAUGAUACCGUCGGCGCUCUUCUAGCCCAUUCGUACCAUAGUGGAGGAGCUUUCAUUGGAGCCAUCUACGGAACGGGAACCAAUGGAGCUUAUGUAGCCAAUGUAGAGGAAGUGAAGAAGUUGCACUUUGGUGAAAAGGGAUCAGGAGCUGAUGCCAAUAGGCCAAAGAAGAUGUUGAUCAACACAGAAUGGGGAGGAUUUGACGACGAUGCUCAAUCCCGGCCCAGCGGCACAGGUCUCACCAUCACUCCCUGGGACAACUACGUGGACCGCACCUCGAUCCGUCCCCGUCAUCACGCCUUUGAGAAGAUGAUCUCCGGAAUGUACCUUGGCGAGGUAGCUCGGGCGAUCAUGGUCUCCCUCAUCGAUCGGCUCCUCCUCUUCAGUGGGUGGAGCUCACCAGCAAUGGAUACUCAGUACGGGUUCGAUACUGCACUCAUAUCUGCCAUUCAGGGGGACAAGACAGAGGCUAGCGAUGCAAAAUCGGCAACACGAAAGGCACUCGUGGGGACAAUGGGGAUCAAGGAGGAACAUGUAUCGGAUUUGGACGUGGAGACUGUACGGACAGUCUGCGACCUGGUCGCUCUGCGCGCUGCAAGACUCUCUGCUGUGCCCAUUGCAGCAACGAUUCAGCACACCAAGCAAGCGCAAGAAGUGGGAUCCGAAGGGAAAAUCAAGGUCGGUGUGGACGGAUCUGUAGUGGAGUACCUGCCUGGGUUCCAAGACCGGAUGAAGGCGGCCCUGGUGGAGAUGCUGGGAGAAAAGAUUGGAGAAAAGGUAGUCUUUGGAUUGGCAAAGGAUGGUAGUGGAGUAGGAGCGGCACUCUGUGCUCUGCAAGCAGUCAAGCAAGAGAGGGAAGGUCACGUCAUUGUGUGAGUGAAAGAAGGAUACAGAAAAUCGUCGAUGAUGCAGUGGCAGCUUUACUGAUUCAUGCGAGUCCUUCUUGACCGUCCUCUUCCAUUACCAGCGCAAAGUGAAGGUCCACCCGUCAUCAAUCUCCGCAUGUCGUGUUGUCUCUUCGUCCAUGAUAACUUCGACCAAUGUCAAUACGUGUAUGGAAACUGAGCUGAUACAGAGCUGUUAACUUCUUGCGAAGAAGAUUGACAGCUCAGCUACCCGGGACUCUACCGCGCUCGAUUGGCUGACCAGGCUCAGUGUCGUUGCCGAACUUAAGUGUAAGUACGGGCAUCGUUCCUAUUGUUGUGAGAUGGCACCUGCUGCAACAAUGCGAAGUGCGUGUGCG